AUGGCGACAUAUAUACCCAUUGAUUCAACAGCAGUAAAUCGAGACAUGAACAAGGAGAAAAGCAACACAAAACCAAGCAUUUUAAAAUAUAAAGAGCAAAUUUACAAAUAUGUCACGCCAUCAGAGAAUCAACCAGCUGAAACAACAGAAAAGGAGACGUUGAAAUAUAAAACAUUUAAUACAUUUCCUGCACCCUUGAAGUCAGAGGAAACAGAAGAUUACCUUCAAGAAAGUAGAACUCCACAAGAGGUGCUUGUUCCAGAACCAGUUCCCCGGAAGAAGAAAGAGAAAUCAAAGGGAAAAAAGGAUCAAACUCAUGCUUGUCCAAAAGCUAGGAGAAAUCAUCUUGUGCCAUAUGAUAGUACAGAGCCAGAGGAUGAUGAUGUGAUAAGACAUAUUAUUAGGCUAAGAGAAAAGUUGGGAUGGCAAACAAUAUUACCACAGUAUAAUUUGAAAUACAAAACUCCCCAAACUACAGUUCAGAAGAUUGUUUUAAAGGAACCUUUGAAAGAUGAUGGGGAAUUUGUAUAUUGCCUUCCUCGGAAAAAUCCUAAAGUCCUUUAUAAUCCAUAUGAUCUUCAGGUGGUCUCUGCCCACAGAGCUAGACAUUGCAAAGUAUUUUGGAUUAUUACUGCUUCGUUUGUCUCAAAGGUAAUAAAGAGUGAAUAUGGUGAAGAAGAAAUAGAAUACAUACCUACCUUGGAAUGGCUAUUAGAAAGAAGAUGUUACUAUUCAUUACAGGAAUUCAAAAUAUUUUCUAAUUUUCGAAUGUGUAAAGCAUUUGUUACUUGGAAAUUGAAUGUUAAAAGAAGUAAGACAGAGAAAAGCAAGUAAGUCUUGAUAUGCUAUAUAUUUACAAAAAUUUCAAGAGAAAGCAUUACUUUAUGUAGUAUGGAAGCAGAUAUAAAUUAAUUUUCUCUCAAUGAUUCGAAAUUCUCUAUUUCUAUAAUUUGUUGUGUAAAUCUGGAUAGGUCUCGAACAUAUUCUCUUGAUGAAUUUUGUGAAGAACAGUUACAGCAAGCGACCCAAGCAUUGAAACAACUUGAGGAUAUCAGGGGUAAAGCUAUUUCAGAAAUGAAAAGUACAUUUUUAAAGAUUUUGAAUAGUAUUAAAGUGUUUGAGGAUUUGAGAAAAGUAUAUGCACCAAUAUUUGAAGUAAAUCUACACUUGAGAAUUCCUGCUAAGAGCGAUUCUUCAGAAAAUUCUAAAGAGAGCUUUCUUGAGUCUGACAAAUCCUCUGAAAAAUCUGUGACGUGUGAAGAUGAUGAAGUGUCAAAAAAUGAAGUCAGUUGUGUCAUAAAACACUCAAGUGAAGAACUCCCAAUAAUGAGACCAAAAAAAUUUAAUUACAACCUUGACGAAAUUCUUUCAGCCAAAAUUAUUCCUCUUUACCAAGAUUCCCGCCUGUCUGUCUUUACUGAUUUGAUUUCAAUGAUGGAUUUACCUAAUAAGACAGGAAGUACAAUGGACUAUAAGAAGCAAACCAAAUGGCCAGAUUGUCAGAUCCUUUUUGAAAUAGAUCCUGCCUACCAAACUAAAAUUGUGAGUCUCCUGACUGUUAUUGGUAAUUCAAUGGGCCUAGUUAAUGCUUACAGCCACAAGUUUAUAAAAUAUUGUGCUAUGGUAGCAAAGGCUAAAGUCAUGAGUAUGGAAAUACCUACGGAACAAUUAACUUCAACACAGUUUAAAAGUAUACUAGCUAACUGUAUGAACUAUCUUAAUCAUAUUGUUGAUAUGACCAUUGAGAAACGCAUUGGUAUUUUCAGUGUUUUAAGUCUUAAUUAUCAGUCAGAAUGCUUACCAUAUGUUGAGAAUAUCAUACAUAUAAGAAAUCCUCUUCUGUUAUCUGCUGGUACUCAAGUGCCUACAGCAGUGGAGACAAUCCAGGCCCUCUCCGAGGAAGCUGCCAGUUUGACUAACAAAGUUCAAACAUAUUUAAACUAUCAGGAUUGUUUGGAUGAUGCCCAAUCUCAUGUACAGUCUCUUAAUGUGGAAGAGAUAACGCAGAUUGUGCUGUCAGAGAUCUCUGACAUUGACUGUGACUUAACCUUGAGGAAAUUAUUAUGGGAUGCCCAAGAGGAAUGGGGAAAGCUGUUUCAGGAAUGGAGGAAUAGUACUCUUCACAGCAUUGACAUAGAAUCAGUGCAGACACAGGUUUUAAAAUGGACGAACAUAAUCCUUGUGCUAGAAAAAGGUUUACCUAAAAACAGCAUGGUAACACAUCUUCAGCAGUCGGUGACAGACUUUAAACAAGAGCUGCCUAUCAUCAUAGCUCUGGGAAACCCCUGUCUCAAGCCAAGGCAUUGGGAAGCACUCCAGGAGAUUAUUGGAAAGUCCGCGUCUCUUGAUAAAAACUCUACGGUAGAGAAUCUCCUAGCGCUCAAGAUGUUUCAGUAUGAAAGUGAAAUAAAUGAAAUAUCAACCUCAGCAACUAACGAAGCUGCUCUUGAAAAAAUGCUGUUUAAGGUUAUUGAACUUUGGCACACAACUCCUUUACAUUUAGUUCUUCAUCACACCGAGACUUACUCUACCUUAAUCAUUUCAUCUUUAGAUGACAUACUUGCUCAGUUAGAAGAGUCUCAAAUUGUACUUGCAACAGUUAAAGGAUCUGCCUAUACCGGUCCCAUUAAGGUUCUUGUGGAUAAAUGGGAUCAAAACUUGACUCUCUUCUCUCACACUCUUGAGGAAUGGAUGAACUGUCAAAGAACUUGGCUGAACCUUGAACCAGUCUUUAACUGUGUAGAAAUACAAAGGCAGCUCCCCGCAGAAGCAAAACUCUUCUCUCGAGUGAUUUCCAUGUGGAAAGAAAUAAUGUUAAAAAUACAGAACAAACUGGAUGCUUUGCAAAUAGCCACCUCUGCAGGAGUCCUUGAAAUUCUGCAAAAUUGCAAUGUACAUCUUGACUAUAUAAAGAAAAGUCUAGAGGACUACCUUGAACUUAAAAGAAUGGUUUUUCCACGAUUUUACUUUCUUAGCAAUGCUGAACUUCUUGACAUUCUAGCUAAGAGCAGAAACCCGGAGUCUGUACAGCCUUAUCUUGUGAAAUGUUUUGAAAAUAUAAAACAAUUACUGAUAUGGAAACAAGAACUUGGCCCUGCGAGUGUGAUCAUGUUUGUAUCUGCCGAAGGAGAAGCCCUUGUGCUGCCAAAGAAAAUUCGUGUAAGAAGUGCUGUAGAACAGUGGCUGGAUACUGUAGAGAAAAGCAUGUUUAAUGUACUAAAAAAAUUUGUAAGUCAAGGGGUUGAAGACUGGAACUACCAACCUUUUACUCAUUGGGCUGUAUCUCAUCCAGGGCAAGUGGUCCUCACUGUGCUCUGGCAUGUAUGGGGAGAUUAUAUCUUACUUUUUCAGAGCCAGAUCAUGUUUUAUAAUGAUUGUGUCAAAAGUUUUCUGAGUUCUCAUUCAAGAGAAGAGUUGGAGAAGGUCCAUGCUGGUGUGCUCUGUCGUCUAGAAGAGGUUGCAGAGCUGGUCGUGCUGGAUACUAUUAACUUGCGAACGAAAACGGUGCUAGGGGCAUUGCUUAUCCUUUAUGUUCACUGCAGAGACCUAGUGAGAGAUUUAUUACUUAAAAACAUCUUCAAUGCAGAGGAUUUUGAGUGGACAAGACACUUGCAAUAUAAAUGGAAUGCGAAACAAAAGUUGUGCUACAUAUCUCAAGGAGAUGCCAGCUUUAUUUACGGCUAUGAGUACGUGGGCUGUACCCCAAGACUGGUCAUUACGCCUCUCACUAACAGAUGCUGGCUGACUCUCACUGGAGCACUUCACUUGAAUCUAGGAGGCUGUCCCUCUGGUCCAGCUGGUAGAGGAAAAACCGAGAGUGUCAAAGAUCUAGCAAAACUAGAUCUUCCGGAUAACAUCCUACAGCUUCGACAUCAGCAGUUGCCUCUUCACCUUGUACUUUGGUUGAUGAAUACUGUAAUGUCUUGUAGGUUUGUACUGGAAGGAAGAGAAAUUCGUAUCAAUAUGUCUUGUGCAGUUUUUAUCACCAUGAAUUAUGGAGGUCGAGUAGAUCUUCCAGAUAACUUAAAAUCUCUAUUUCGCCCAGUGGCGAUGAUGACUCCCCAUUAUCAAAUGAUUGCUGAAAUAAUGCUGUUUUCAGUUGGUUUCAAAUCUGCAAAAUCACUCUCCCGAAAGCUAGUUAACCUUUACGAACUAGCUAGCAAAGAGCUCUCACAACAGGAUCAUUAUAAUUUUGACCUGAGGACUCUGAAGACAAUUAUAAUAAUGGCUGGAAAGAAGAAACAGGAGUUUAAAUGGGGAGGAGCUCUGGUGCAGGCCAAGAAAGCAAUAUCUAUUGCAACACAGCAUUUGGGCUUACAACAAUGGCCAGCUCAGAAAGAAAAAAUCAUACAGUUUCAUAAUCAACUUCAGGCUUGUGUUGGUGUGAUGUUAGUGGGCCCAACAGGUGGAGGAAAGACGACAGUCAGAAGAAUUUUAGGAAGAGCAUUAAUAUUAUUACCAAAUGAAAGUUUAUUAUUGAUCGAAGAAAGAGACUCUCUUUCCCAGAUUUCAGGAAUAAAAGGAAGAGUAGAUAUUUGUGUGUUAAAUCCAAAGUGUAUUACUCUUGAUGAACUAUAUGGACACCUGGAUCCUAAUACUAUGGAGUGGACUGAUGGAUUAUUAUCAUCAACAAUUCGAAAUUAUGUAUAUUUUAACACUACAGGGAAUUCAAAGAAAGACAGUGAUCUUAGACCAAAGUCAAGAAUCUCGGAUUUAUCUGAUGUUUUCAAACUUGAUUCCUCUGAUACAGCAGAUAUCGAUGAUAAUAUUUUUGAGGAGAUGAAGAAAAAUGUUAAAAUUCCAGAAAGUCAGAACUUCGAUUGGCAGUGGAUUGUCCUAGAUGGUCCAGUGGAUACCUUUUGGGUCGAAAGUCUAAACUCUGUGCUGGAUCACACUCAAACGUUAUGCCUAGCAAACAGUGAGAGAAUAGCUUUAACUAAUAAAAUAAGAGUGAUUUUUGAAGUCGACAGUCUCUCUUAUGCCAGUCCUGCUACUGUCAGCCGAU